UUAAUAUUGACAUUCGUACUGCAUAGAACUGCAAAUUCGCUGCGACACGGAAAAAAUAUUUUUAUUUUUUAAAAUUUUUUAACCAACACAAAAAUUAAAACCAAUAAAUUUUUAAAUAAAUCGUGCAAUUUUUUACUCAAAGCAAAAUUUUAACAAAAAUCAUAAGUAAUUUUUAAAUCGACAAAAAAAGAGAAAUUGUAAUAAAGAAAAAUUUUUGUAAAACGUCAUUCAUCAUACAGUGCUGUGUCAUCAAGUAAAGAGAAUAAAAAAAUUAUUGCAGCCAUAAAUUACGAAAAAAGUGAAAAAAUAUAUUUUUUAGAAAUUUUAUUUGAAUAACGAAAGAGUGGAGAAACAAAAUUUAAAUUAUUAACCAUUUGAAAUACUACGAGUUAUUACUGCGUGGGUUAUGAAAGUUAUAAACUAAAGAUUGGUGCAGAAUUGAAGGCAGAAGAACAACAUAUUGUGGAAGAGAAGACUACACCUAUUUUCAGCAUUUCUUCUACAUCAAAUUUUUUUUGUUCGUUCAUUUUUAAAGUAGUCAGUCUAUAAGUCAGCCAGUGUACUACUCACUCAGUCAUCGUUCCGUUUUUUUAUGUUUUCCUAAAUCUAACUGAUUUGGCUGCUAGCUACCAUAUCCAAAACACUUUAUUUGUGUUAUUUUAGUGGUGUUUUUUUCUAAUCAACGACUCUACUACGGACUUCUAAUUUAGUUAAUUUGUUGUACAAUUGUGGUGUCUCGUGACGUUUGUUCGUUCGUUUUAGCAGUGUUGCACAUUCCCAGUUAGAUUUUUUUAGAUUGGGUUCACUAACUAUACUCGCCAAAUAGCAAGAAAUACAACAAAACUAAUAAUAACAUCUGCAACAUUCACCAACUAAAAUAUUACUAAAUAUAAUUCCAUUUACAUUUUUAUUUGUUAAAAUUUUAUUAUUUGCCGUUUGUUAAUUCAGUGCGAAAACAUAAAGACGAUAUGCAAGUCAAUGUGGCAGGUUUACGUCGCAAUAUUAAAAAUUUAGCUCACAAUUACUCUGAUGCUCAGGUUAAAGUACGUGAGGCUACUUCAAAUGAUCCAUGGGGUCCCUCAGCCACUAUAAUGGCGGAAAUCGCCGAAUUAACCAACAAUGUGGUGGCCUUUUCUGAAAUAAUGCAAAUGAUUUGGAAACGUCUUAAUGAUCAUGGCAAAAAUUGGCGUCAUGUCUAUAAGGCUCUCAUACUGUUGGAAUAUCUUAUAAAAACUGGCAAUGAAAAAGUCUCCCAACAGUGCAAAGAAAAUAUAUUUGCCAUACAAACACUACGUGAAUUUACGUAUUUUGAGGAGGGCAAAGAUCAAGGUACUCAUGUAAGGGAAAAGGCUAAACAAUUGGUGAAUCUUUUGAAGGAUGAUGAACGCUUAAAGAAUGAACGUGUUAAAGCUUUGAAGGCCAAGGAACGUUUUGCUCAAUAUCCAAGUGGUUUUGGUAGUGAUGGUUAUAUUGAUGGUCCUUUGCAACGUGAUUUACGUGAUAUGCCUCCCGGCUGGCAAGAGGAACCAGCCAAACCUGUAUCCGAGCUGGAAAUGGUACGUCCACAAACUGCGGGCGAAGAAGAAUUACAACUACAAUUGGCCAUGGCCAUGUCACGCGAAGAAGCUGAACAGGAAGAGGCUAAACGCCGCAGUGAUGAUGUUCGUCUACAGUUGGCUUUAAGUCAAAGUGAACAAGAUUUUAAGGUGCAAAAACAACACGACGAAGAGCCACAAUCACAUUUAUUGGAUCUUUUGGAUAUACAACUGGGAGCCACUAGCAUUUCCAGUCCACCUUUAGGUUUAGCCGCUGGCGGCUUAACCAACAAUCCAUCAGAUCCUUGGGGUACACCAGCACGAGCGGCUAGUCAAAUGUCUGAUCCUUGGACUGGUACAGCUUCACCACCGGUUGAUCCCUGGCAACCAACUGCAGCAUCACGUUCCACUCCCCUGGCACAAAUGGGAGCCGUAGGCGGCUUAGGCGCCCUCACAAUGGCUACCAAUGGCACUAAUGGCGGUGAAGCUUGGGGUGGUUUGCGUACACAAUCACCUUCGGUUACAUCGGGUUCCUCCGCCGAAGGCUGGCUACAAACUAAUGGUAAUACUCAAAAUUCCACAAAUUUAACAGGCGCUAUAGGAGGUGCUGGCGCAUCGAUCGAUCCUUGGCUUUCAAAACAAUCAGUUAGUGCGCUGGCAGCGCCUGUCUCUAAUUCAGCACCCUUAGAUCCAUGGUUAUCAGAAAAUGCUAAACCACCCACUGCAGCUGCUGUUCCUUCAACAACUAAACCAUUGAUUGAUGAUCCUUGGGCACCAAAGACAUUAACAGCUGGCAAUGAUGAUCCCUGGAAGAAUAUUGAGAAUACAACAGUAGCUAAGAAACCUUCACCUGAUAUGGACGAAUUUGAUAUAAUAACGAAUCGUAAUAAGACUGGUGAUUUAUUAACAACUAAUGAUUCCACAACAAAUAUCAGUAAUAAUAAUGCUCUACUACUUGAUGAUUUAGAUCCUCUAUCCUCGUCAACGUCAACCACAACAAAUUCGACUGGAGCAACAGCUAAGAAACCGCUUAAAGAUCCACAAUCAUUUUUGGGUGAAAAUUCUGGUUUGGUUAAUUUAGAUAAUUUAAUAAAGCCUGCCGUACCACAAACUACAGCAACAAAUGCCGCAGCUUAUAAUCCAUUUAGUGAUACAGUUAUACCACCAAAAACAAAUCUAUUCCAACAACAGCAACCAGCAGUGCCGUCCAUAAAUCAAUUAAAACAACAAAGUUUUCAAAUGACCAUCAAUCAAGAUCCUUGGGCACCUAUUAAUAAUACAAAUGUAGCAGCUUCUCAGUUCCUAAAUUUGAAUACCUCUCCUACUCCUGCUCCUCCUCCUGCCAUGCCUCUAAGACCAACUACUUUAAAUCUCAAUCUAAGCAAUAGUUUUUCAAGUCAACCACCCUCAUUAAGUGGUUUUAAUUUUCCAAAUAACACCACCUAUCCCUCAACAAUGAAACAUUCAAAAAGUGAUAAUACUUUUAAAACAAUCUUUCAAACUGACACCGAGGAUAUAACGACAAAUGUUCCCAAAAAUUCUCUAUAUAAUUUUACAACUUCUCAUACUAUUGAUAAUUUCCGCAGCGACUCAUUCAAUGAUGACAAUAGUUUUUUUGAUGCUUUCGAUGCGUUUAAUACACAAAAUACCAAAACUAUAUCCUAUUCCUCUUUAUAUCCUCAUGUGGAAAUUGUUAAUAACAAUCAAAUGAAUAACAAAUCACCACCUUCUUCUCCCAUACAACAAGAACAACAAGAUUUCUUAUCGCCCUCAUUAGAAUCAUUUGCACCAUAUGCACCCCUAAGUCCUUUAACUCCUCAAGAAACACAAUUCAAUAUCAAUAAUAUUUACAAUAACAACUACAACAAUAAUCAAUACAACAAUCAAAACAACAACAACAAUAACAACAAUAACAAUUCAUCAAACAUGACAUCAUGGUCUUCGAAUUUAGGCAAUAACAAUGCGACCAACAAAUCUUAUGGUCCCAACUAUAGUCAUGCCCUAUCGGCAUCCUUGGCUUCCACUCCUGGAGUAACUAUAAUGCCACUGAAUAAUAAAUCAAGCUCAGCUUCAAAUCUAUUCAAUUAUGGCUUUUAUAAUUCAAAUAAUGAAUUCAAUACUACUAAUCAAUAUCAAUUGGAAAACAACAAUAACAUGCCUUGGAUGAAACCGGAAGCAACAGCAUCGAAUCCAUUUUUGUCAUAAACAAUAUAACAAAAGAAGCGAUAAAUUCAAAAAAAAAAAAAAAAAUAUUUAUAUAAUUUUGUUUAUUAUUUUUUUCUAUAAAUUAAGUCGAUAAAUUAUAUAUAAUUUUUCCUAGUUGAACAAAUUAAUUACAACAAGUAAACAAAAAUCAACAUGUUUUAAAUUUUUGGAAAAUAAUUUAUACACACUUAUACACACACAUAAAUGCCUAUAAAUAAAUUAUUUAAAAAAAAUAAGAAAAACGAUAAAAGAUAAAAAAGAAACACAAAAAUUAAUUCAAUAAUAUUUUUUAUGUAAAUGUAGAUUAAAACAAGGAUGAUGAGAUGAUGAUAAGAAAAAAAAAAACGAUUAUAAAU